GUGCCUUGUUUCGAAAAAGGAAAACAUUGAAGUUUAAAACCCAUUUACGUUUUACUUGAAGUAGCUUGUAAUACUAUAUUUGUGUAUCCAUCUUAUACUUCAAAAUGGGCAGGAGAGGUAGAGCAGGAAAGAGGGCGGGUAACAAAGCGAAGGUGAUUCCUCAGUCACCAAGUACAGCGUCGCCCGUGCCAAAGAUAGCUAACAAUAAAUCUUCACUGACAAUUGCACAGACGUCUCCCGUGCCACAUUGCACACCAUGUGAUGGAAGUGGCGACCAUCUACGUGCCGCAAUAGACAAUUGUAAAGAAUCCGCCAUUAAUCAAGUCCCUCCUGUAAAUGGGUCCAGUUUGCCCUCACUCUCUAACUGCUGUGGAGAUUUGAGUAGCAAUGACAGUGAGACAGGAGAGCUGGAACCUCCGGUGCUGCAGAAGAAUGCAGACCUGACCAGGUUGGACGGCUGUCUCGAAAAUUUGUGUAAUGCAAGUAACAACGUUAAGCCUCCACCACAGCCAUGCAUCGGCGAAGUGCGACAAGACGACGCUGAAACGAAAGUCGAAUUGACUCAAGAACAGCAUCUGAAGAUUGAAGUAACGGAAUUUGAAGCUACAGAUCUGAGUGACAGCACAGUGCUUCUGACUCCAGACUCCACACCCACUAAGAAAAGGGAAGAAAAAUCAACACCCACCUUAUCACCUUUUGAGUCUUUAGUGAAGACAAAGCAGGUGCAACCUCCAGUUAAAAACGGAAAUGGCCGAGGGCGGGGCCAAAAGAAGAGUGACACAAAAGCAACUCAAAUACGUGGGAAUAGAGGAAAGAGCAAGGAAACCAACAGCACACCGUCCAAGUUGAUCACAGAUUUCUUUCCCGUACGGAGGAGCACACGAAUGUCCAAGUCGGUGCAAGAGGAAUGUAAGCAGAAGCAGCUGGAAGAAUACAUACUGAGUGGCAGAGAGGACGGCUUAGAGGUCGUGGAUAUCGUUGGUAAAGGUCGUGGGGUUGUCGCCACCAAACCGUUCAAGCGUGGUGAGUUUGUCGUCGAGUACCACGGGGAUUUGAUCAGCGUCGACGUCGCUAAACUCAGGGAGGAGCAGUAUGCAGCGACCCCCGACACGUACGGCUGCUACAUGUAUUACUUCACGUUCAACUCGAAGCAGUACUGCGUGGAUGCUACAGCGGAGUCAGGUCGGCUAGGCAGGCUCAUUAACCACAGCAGGAAGGGCAAUGUGAAAUCUAGGCAGGUUGCAGUAGGAGCGCAGCCGCACCUCAUACUGGUGGCGUCGCGCGAUGUAGAAGCGGGUGAGGAAUUACUCUACGACUACGGAGACCGUAGCAAGACCUCCCUCAAUGCUCAUCCAUGGCUGGCAUUGUAGCAGAUCUACACGUCUAUCUUAUACAAGAACCGUCACGUUCUGUUGGGUAAUUAAUUACGGAAUCUGUAUCGUUUGCAGAUGCAUAGCACCGUUUUAUGCUAAAGGAAGUGCAAUGUAUUUUCGUAUUGAAUAACAACAGUGAUGUUUAUUAUUGUGCAGUUUUUCGCCAAUUUUAUAGAUAUCUAACAUGCAAAUCUUGUUUUCUUAGUUUAGUAGUUUGUGCGUAUUUGUUUUUCCAUCUUGAAUUGAAUUUUAUGUAGUCACAGAUUGAGAAUUUUUAUUGAGGUUUUGAAAUGCUGAUCGAAAUGUGAAAUGAAUUUGAAUGUGUAAGAUACCAUGAUAGGACACAGUUGUUGAAAUCCAUGUAUUAUGUAUUUGAAGUAUUCACUCCAUGUAUAUUUUUAGAACAUAACAUCUUCAGAUCCUAAA